AUCGUGGACCUCUAGCGAGGCGCUGCGGCGGGUGAUGCCGGACAUGUUGGGGGAGAUUGACGUGUGGAAUGGGUUGAGCCACGGCCUGUUGCUUCUCAUCAACGAUAUCUUGGAUCUGAAGAACUCGGAGGACAAGCAGGGCAGAGUACACGGGCUGGAACAUCGACUGGAGACGUGCGUGCAGGUCUUGCCACUCUCUUUGCAGAGACAUACUCGGGCGUCUCUGCUGGAGAGCACCGCCGAGGCAUACCGACUCGCCGCGUGGAUUCUCCUGCAAGAGUCUUGCCGAGAAGAGUUCCUGGGAAUUGCACUCGAGAAGCUGGAGAGAAGGAGAGAAGAAGAAGAAGAAGCGAUUCUGCAACUGGUGGAACAAGUGAUUGGCGGACUCGACUAUCUGCCCAUCUCCUGGCCGUUGUGGCCGCUGUUCAUUGCCUCGUGUGUAUGUGUCGAUGAGGAAACGCAGCGCCGGGCGUUUGCCCUCUUCUCGCUGGCCGCGCAGAAAGCGCCGUUUGAGAAUAUCCUGCGAGCGCAGACUGUCGCCCAGCUGGUCUGGCAGCGCAGACCGCGGGCGUCUCUGGGAGUGUUUCCAUGGCAGGUUGUCCUGCAGUUUCUGGGGUGGGAAACGAGUUUUGCAUAAAGACACGAGUAUCUAUAAAGAGUAUCUAUAAAGACUAUAAAGCAUAUCGAUAAGACUCGUUCU